AUGCGCAAAACCAAGAAAUUCCAGAAGGCUAGACGCCAUGCGAAGCGUCUCAAACGGCUCGAGAUGGAGGCUCUUUCUGAGGGCGACCUGCACUUGAGCAAGACCGUAGGACCCAACAAGAACCGCGAAGAUGGCCUUCAUGCUGAAGACGCGCCGUCCUCUCCGGUGACCCGGUUGACUCGCCUCAAGGUCGCCAAUACCGCGCCCAAGUGUCUUCAAAUCGGUCGCCGCUUUUACAGGGAGAGCCAAGCCUCAUGCUACAGUGAGCGGGGUGAGCAGGGUGGGCAGGGUAAGCCAGACAUCUUUGCAGAAAACCGGGUUAUGGAACAGGGCGACUGUUAUCGACAUCUACACGACUGCGACAAGCGCGUGUGA